GGAGGCAUGUCUGGCCGCGGGAAGCAGGGCGGGAAGGCGCGGGCCAAGGCCAAGUCGCGCUCGUCGCGGGCCGGGCUGCAGUUCCCCGUGGGCCGCGUGCACCGGCUGCUGCGCAAGGGCAACUACGCGGAGCGGGUGGGCGCCGGCGCCCCGGUGUACCUGGCGGCCGUGCUGGAGUACCUGACGGCCGAGAUCCUGGAGCUGGCGGGCAACGCGGCCCGCGACAACAAGAAGACGCGCAUCAUCCCCCGCCACCUGCAGCUGGCCAUCCGCAACGACGAGGAGCUCAACAAGCUGCUGGGCAAGGUGACCAUCGCGCAGGGCGGGGUGCUGCCCAACAUCCAGGCCGUGCUGCUGCCCAAGAAGACCGACAGCCACAAGGCUAAAGCCAAGUAAAACUCUUUCGACAAACAACCCAAAGGCUCUUUUCAGAGCCACCCACAUCUUCCCAGAAAGAGCAGGAACAACUGAUACGUGCUUCUCCAGAAACAGUGUAUUUUGAUAUAUUUAGAAACUUUUCAGAUAUACAGGGAAGUUUUCUGAAGUAUGUUUUCCUUCUAUGUAUACCUUCAACUUGGUUUUGCUGACCAGUGUAGGUCCCUGCAUUUUUCUUUCUCUAGAAAGUUGAUGUGCUUAUGUAAACGUUUCUCAGUUUCACUUUUCUGAAAAAACAAUAAAAGGCAGCAGUUACGAUUGAGAUCAGUCACUGCAGC